AUGAACAGCACCAUCAGCAGCAACUACAACGAUGCAGUCGUGUUCGCCUUCUACCGCUACGACCCCAGCAUGACUGACGCCAUUAUCUUCACCAUUCUAUUCACCAUCACAACGAUCUGGCAUAUUCUCCAACUCUUUCGGACCCAAACAUGGCACUUCAUCCCAUUCACAAUAGGGGGCAUAUUCGAAAUAAUCGGCUACAUCGGACGUGGAAUGUCUAGUCACGAAUCUCCAAAUUGGACCCUAGGCCCCUAUCUCGUUCAAACCUUGUUUCUCCUUCUCGCGCCGGCCCUUCUUGCAGCCUCAAUCUACAUGCUUCUCGGACGCAUCAUCCUGAUUCUACGCGCAGAAUCCCACGCCAUUCUCCCGAAGAGGUGGCUAACCAAGACCUUCGUCACAGGCGAUGUACUCUCGUUCUUUCUACAAGGUGCUGGAGGCGGCAUCCAAUCCAGCGGCAGCCUCUCUGGCAUGCAAAUCGGCGAACACAUUAUCAUCGCUGGCCUCUUCGUGCAGAUCUUCUUCUUUGGCUUCUUCAUCGUCACGGCCGGGGCGUUCGACCGGAAACUGAAGAAAUACCCUAUUCCGCGGUGCCGCGACCCGUCGAUCCCUUGGAGGAAGCACCUCAACAUUCUGUACAUUACCAGUUUCUUGAUUAUGGUGCGGUCGGUCUUUCGACUGGUUGAGUACCUGCAGGGUAAUAAUGGGUACGUGCUUCAUCACGAGAUAUGUUUGUAUCUUUUGGAUGCGGUGUUGAUCUUCAUGGCUAUGGUUGUGUUUAACGUGUUUCAUCCGAGUGAGAUUACUCAUCUUCUGCAUGGGAGUGAGUAUGAGCUGCAGGAAACGGUCGAUAAGCAUGUUCUUUGAGCUUUGAGUGGUUUGUUAGGGAAAAGGCGAUGGGGCAGUGAGGUGAGAAUGUCA